AAGGAAAAACACAGGAAACUUAGCCCCCGCUUACCACACUCGUGUAAGUCUAAGUGCGUGAUAAUAUUCUGACUAUAGUAUGAUCUACGUGAUUUUGUUGAUGUAUCUUCUCUGCCGAUCAUGUUGUAGUUAGAUAGAUGAAGAUGCUCUACUAGGCUCUUCUUUUACCACCUUAUUGUGGUUUCGAAAAGGCCUCGUCCACCUGGAAGAGCAAGCCAGUGCCUCGCCCACCUCGACUAAGUAGUUGGUUCAAAAUGAUUUUCAAAAAAAAUAAUCUCAAAAUGUUUCUCGUCGUCGUCUUCCUUUGCAUGGGUUCUAUUAGUUGGACGGACCACAUCAUUCUUUUCCUUGCAAGCAUCGACGAGCGUUCCCCGCGGCCGGCGCAGCAGGAUAAUUCCACAUGGCCACAACCUUUCAAUACUGCAAUACCGACGUCGCGGCCUUCUCCUGCAAUUCUCAAUUGGUCGCAGACUGUGUCGAAGUUUUCGAAAACCACCAUGGCGACGGGGGAUCUUGUUGGAGAUAAUAUUAUUUCCUACUUUUCAAGAACUGUGACUACUGCUGCUCCUGCACCUGCUUCUAUGAAGAUGUUAUCGCGGAGAUCAUGGUCCUGCUCCUGUUGCGUUUCUGCGGUGACACUCUUGAAAACAAGGACCCGGAGACGCGAGGGCAGGAAAAGUAAAAGAGUUAUUUACCCCAGGUGGCCCAGGGAUGUUGACGAAGAGGACAACGAGGCGCUCGCGUCAAGAAGAUCUUCGCCGUCUACUUCAUAUUCCGGGACGAGAACAGGAACUGCAACGAUUGGUACGGUAGCGAAAUCUGUCAACAAGACCUUCUUUUCAACAAAACGAAAAAAAAAUUUUGGGUCUCGCGCCUCUCCCGAUAAUAAGGCGAAGGGAGUUGGCGCGGUCGCCUCUUGUUGCUGGGGCUCGCAGGGCCUGGCACUGUUGAUGACACCCAAGGGGCAUACUACGCCUCUAGUUGCGCGCGACAAGCGUCGAUCCGCUUCCACCUCUAGCACUUUGUGCGCUUCGUUUACCACGCCGGCCGUGCAAGUCAUGUAGCCUCAUAGCGGCGCAGGUCCCAUCUCCCACCUUCGGGGCCUUGGGCUGGGGCAUGCUCAUCGCAGCUACCUUUGGGCGCACAGCUCUGCUUUGGCUUCCUUUGCCCCGCUUGCGCUUUUUCUGCAGCUCGUUGCGGCUGCGACGCGGGCCACUUUGGUAAUCCUCCCAAGGCAUAAAUUCUUCCCCCCGCCCCCUUGCCCCCUUCCGAAACCUGGCGCGGUCGGCGAAUGUGGGCCGCCCACCUGCGCCCACUACGCUUCCGCCUUCGCAUCGAGGGGCGGCACAGCCGCGCCGGGCAGCCAGCUGCGUGCCCGAUGCCACCCCACACCCACGCAACCCAAGAAGCCAGGCAACCGCGAUCCGGCUCGGGAUGCCUUCUCCGAGAGGACUCGGCGACACGGCCGGGCCUUUCCGAGCACUCACGUCAACAACCGAGGUCGGGGCGCGGCCAUUUUCCCUGUCUUGUUGAUCAAACAGGAACUGCAGCGGUCAUUCCGGGACGAGAACAGGAACUGCAACGAUUGGUCCUCCGCUGA